AUGAGUUAUCCCGGUUAUCCCCCAAUGGGUGGCUUUCCCCCUAUCCCUACAGGAGACAAUCUCUGGGGGGUGCCUGGUAACCCUCCUCCCAUUGGGCUGGAUGUUGGAGGCUUCUCUCAGCAGUACAAUCCUCAACAGUACAUGGCAGGAUCUGGCUAUCCACCAGCUGGGUUUGGAGGCAUGAACCCACCACAAGCAGGAUACCCCCUGCACCUGGCGGCGGCUAUAACCCUGCACCUGGCGGCGGCUAUAACCCUGCACCUGGCGGCUAUCCCUCUGCACCUGGCGGCGGCUAUCCCUCUGCACCUGGUGGCUAUCCCUCUGCACCUGGUGGCGGAUAUGGGGCACCUCAGCAGCCUCAGGCACCAGGAUUUGGCAUGUAUCCUGCUCCAGGGGGUGCACCACAGCCUGGGAUGGCUGGAUUUGAUACAGGAUACCCAGGGCAGCCAUCACCAGCCCCAGGUCAGCCACCUGCAACGUACCCUGGUCAGCCACCUGCAACGUACCCUGGUCAGCAACCUGCAACGUACCCUGGUCAGCAACCAACUCCAAGUUAUCCACAGGCUCCAGCAGCUAAUCCCUCCAUUCCUCAAUACCCAUCUCCGCCAUCAGUGACACCUUCUAUUCCCCCACUUAAGGCUGGAACGGGUACCAUUACCGAUGCAUCAAACUUUGAUGCUCUCAGAGAUGCAGAGGUGCUCAGAAAGGCCAUGAAAGGAUUUGGAACUGAUGAGAAGGCCAUCAUUGAAUGCCUGGGAAGCCGGUCAAAUAAACAGAGGCAGCAGAUCAGCUUGUCCUUCAAAACUGCCUAUGGAAAGGAUUUGAUAAAGGAUUUGAAAUCUGAGCUCUCUGGAAACUUUGAAAAGACAAUCCUGGCUAUGAUGAAAGCACCAUCUCUAUAUGAUGCAUAUGAGCUUUAUGAAGCAAUAAAAGGUGCUGGUACAGACGAGGAAUGUCUAAUUGAAAUUCUUGCAUCUCGAACAAACAAGCAGGUACAUGAAAUCAACAGUGUGUACAAAACAGAGUUUAAGAAGACCCUAGAGCAAGCACUGAAGAGUGAUACUUCUGGCCACUUCGAGCGGCUACUUGUUUCACUUUGUCAGGGAAACAGAGACGAGAGCUCGAAUGUAGACAUGACUCUGGUCCAACGCGAUGUACAGGAACUGUAUGCUGCAGGAGAAAAACGCCUGGGGACUGAUGAGUCCAAAUUUAAUGCCAUUCUUUGUUCACGCAGUAGAGCACAUCUGAAUGCAGUGUUUUAUGAAUACCAGAGAACGUACAACCGAGACCUGGAGAAGAGCAUCUGCCGGGAAAUGUCUGGGGAUCUGGAGAGAGGCAUGCUUGCAGUAGUAAAAUGCCUUAAAAACACGUCAGCAUUCUUUGCAGAGCGACUCUACAAAGCAAUGAAGGGUGCUGGGACAAAAGAUAAAACCCUGAUUCGCAUCAUGGUAUCUCGUAGUGAAGUAGAUUUGCUGGACAUCCGCCAGGAGUACAAGAAGAUGUAUGGCAAGUCAUUAUACACAGAUAUCACGGGUGACACGUCUGGAGAUUACAGGAAAAUCCUACUGAAGCUUUGUAAUGGCAGUGACUAA